GCUCAGAACUGUAUCAGGGUCUUAUGUUACGGCAUAGUGUUUCGCUGGGCAUAAGCCCCUGUGGUGCUCUGACGCAUUGGGCUGCGACAGUGCCACUGGGACGCGGGUGGGGCGGAUGCACGAAGAAGGAUCAAGUAUGCAGCAGUUUUGAUUUUUUGACAACAAUUGAGACCUGAAUAAUCUCCUCGGAUAAGUACCCUCCCGCGCGAUUCUGGAGAAGAAAGAAAGAAGUAAAAAAAUAUGCUGGAGCUCGUCAAUGUCCCAUUUACACCGCACGAUGUAAAGCCGACGACGGUUGUAGAUGCCAAGGAUACCUCGUUCCGGUACCAGCCCAACAUCAUCUGCUCCGCAUGCCGGGAGCUUCUAAGCCUGGGUCUCGAGCUGCACAGGAAACAUGGCCGCCAGAUGGCCCAGUUCGUACAGACAAAGUUCGAGUUUGCCGACCUGCUGGCAUCGGCGGACCUCGGUUGUCAUUUGUGUGCCCUGCUGAGAACAGGCAUGCUCGGCGUGGCCAACGGCGAGCCCAUCCCGGCGCCGUCGUGGGGUGUCGCGUUCUCGGUGCAGCGCGCCGCAGCUGAAGAGGCUCUGUAUCAGAUCACGCUCGACUGCAGUGGCCCGCCAGGCGAGAACCAGUACGGCAGCAUACGCAGAGGGUACCUGCGUGUCUAUCCGCGCGACUAUGUUGACUAUGCGGCCAUGAAGCCGCCUCCGGCGGCACAUGCUAUCCUCGGCAGAAGCACUGGUGACGAAGAGACCUUUGCCCUUGCCGAGUCGUGGCUGAAACAGUGCCUGGACGAGCACCCGCUAUGUGCUGAGAACGAUGACGAAGCUCGAAUCGUCCGGCCUGCGCGCCUUUUGUACCUUGAUGGUACCAUUAAGUUGGUCGACUCUGCUGAAGCCCAGGGCGAAAAGUACGUCACUUUAAGUCAUUGCUGGGGGAAACAGACGUAUGUUCCUCGUUUGCUUUUUGAGACUGAGGCCACUCUGCGAGGAGGCGUUGAUAUCGACUAUCUCCCCAAGACGUUCCAGGACGCCGUCACGGUCACGAGAAAGCUGGGUUACAAGUAUAUAUGGAUCGACUCGUUGUGUAUCAUUCAAGACUCGCCGGAGGACUGGGAGGAUCAGGCCAAGAUUAUGGCUCUGGUCUAUGUGAACUCGGUCUUUACUAUCGCUGCCCUAAAAUCACCCGGCAGUUCGGGUGGGUGCUUCACCAACGAGCGCAAUCCUCUUGGCCUGCGACCUCUGGUCGUCGAUGAGUUGGGCAUCACUAUCGCCCACUCCAUUCCCACCGAGUUAUGGGAAGCUGAAGUGAAUACGUCUGGCUAUGGUGCCUCACCGUUGCAUACUCGAUCAUGGGUCGUGCAGGAGCGUCUCUCAUCACCUCGUACCUUACUGUACGGCGCUUUCAGCGUAUAUUGGGAAUGCCGCUGUGCGCAAGGCUCGGAGUUACAUUAUCGCAAACUGGCAUGGGACGAUCCAAACAACAAGAAGACGUGGUUGCAGAAACUUGAGGGUGAAGACUCUUGGAUGGACCACUGGAUAGACCUGCUGAAGACAUAUUCGAGCUGUGAGUUGACUAUGAAGACCGACAAGAUUAUCGCAGUAACGGGGUUGAUCUCAGAGGUCGAAAGGCGGUCCAAAACAUCCAAACACUGCAUUCUAGGGCUCUGGUCUGAUGAUCUGGCCGGCAUGUUGCUCUGGUACCGAGCAAGAAAUGACAUGAAUUCACCUACAGAUAUGGUCGGUCGGUUAGAGAACGGAAUGCCAACGUGGACUUGGGCAUCUGUGGAGGGCCGUUGCAGCUAUCUCUCUUCCACGUUGGGGAUUAUUGAAUGGCAAGCGGUGGCCGAGGUGAAUACGGCCUCUACGCCUGCGACCAUGGCGCUCGAAUCCUGGAGGAGGAAGGUUCUUCUUGAUGAGGAUAAUUCGCUCGUACUUGACCCUGAUGAUCCGAAAACAGGUCAGAAGGGCUGGGGUGGCGAUCUCGACGACGUCUAUUCAUGGUUCUGCGACUGCGAGAUGCCGCCAGCUGAGCAGGAGCUCUAUCUAGUCCCUAUACGUAGAGCACGGAUCACAGGUUCGUCACCUCUGUGGGUGACUCAAUGUCUGUUGGUGAGUCCAUUGUCUCAAGCCGUAGCAAACAAAGGCCAAGCUGUUUUCACUCGUGUUGGGGUGUCAACAGUUCGGUUUGGCAGAGCAAAAGACGAUCCAUUCAAGUCAAAAGAUCCCGAAGCGCGGGAGGUGAUUGGGCUCCAAUAAUUAUAUUAUCUGGUGUUGAAUCAUUAAAGGAACUUAGCAUGUUCUGUAU